AUGAACUUCGAUACCCAGCGGGGGCUUACUGCACCACUGAGCCAAAUCGUCUUCGAGCAGUACUCCAGGGAUGGCCGAAUGGCCUUCGAGCAAUUCCAAAGCAUGUGCGCCGACAAGGGCUUCUGUGAAGAUGUCGAGGACGAGGAGAUGGCGGCAGCAUUUGUCCGCAUGUCUGGGGAGCCUGCUGCCACAAAAGUCAGUGCAGCCUUUGAGUCUGGCAUUGAGUAUUCAGAGUUCCUGGCGUGGUGGAAGCUUCAAGACGAGCGCCAGAAGGGAUUGAAGUUCAAGUCGACGGAGGAGAAAGAGUUCGUCCAGCGCGUGAAGAAGUCCUUCUUUCAGGGCACGGGCGGCUGUGCCAGGCUUGUUCGCUUGGUUGGUCCCGCCCUGAACAUGAGAGUUGAGCAGCUAAGGGCACAGGCCUUCGCUGGCUUGGACAAGGAUGGCUCCGGAUACAUCGACUUCCCGGAGUACCUGCGCUGGCGGCAGGAGGAUGACCGGUUUUCGCACUUGCUGCACGAUGCCAGCGACCAACAUUCGCAGUACAUCCACCAGGUUGGUGAGUUUUUCCGUGCGUAUGACGAGGAAUUGACAGGGCAGCUCUCAAUUGAGCAGUUCCGGCCUCUCUACGACAGCCUCGUUGAACAAGGGGAGGUGCAAGAAGCCUUCGACAAAGUUCUCCAGGAGGUCGACUCGAACUCGGAUGGCAGCGUCUCACUCAAUGAGUUCAUCAAAUGGUACGCUACGACCUGGGAGGAUCCCGUCGAAAGCGAGGAGGAUGAGAACGAUGCCUAA